CCAGUCAGCGACCGUUCGCAUAGGCUGCUUCUCUCUGCCUGCCGAAAAAAGCACAUUAAAGCGGGGACGCCACGGAGCUCGGAGUCAGGGUUAUCGCCGGAGAAACCGCAGCUCCAGGGAAGCGCGAAGCAACCACGCUGCCGCAGUAUUAACGACGGAAGCUCGUUUCCCGUUGUUCUUUUUUUAAAAAUACAUUUUAGUAAAAGACGCAGUUAUGUCCUGGCAAGGCUACGUGGAUAACCUGAUGGCCGAUGGCUGCUGCCAGGACUCCGCCAUUGUUGGGUACACGGAAUCCAAAUAUGUCUGGGCAGCACAUCCCGGUGGCACUUUUAGCAAUAUAACGGCUCAAGAAAUUGACGUCAUAGUAGGAAAGGACCGAGAGAGUUUCUUCACCAAUGGAUUGACUUUAGGUCACAAGAAGUGCUCCGUGAUCAGAGACAGCCUUCUAGUUGAUGGUGACUGGACAAUGGACAUCAGGACAAAGAGUCACAGCGGCGAGGCUACGUAUAAUAUUUCUGUAGGCAGAGCUGGCAAAGCGUUGGUUUUAGUCAUGGGAAAGGAUGGUAUCCAUGGAGGGCAGCUCAACAAGAAAGCAUUUAUCAUGGCUGACUACCUGAGAAAGUCUGGAUAUUAAGCAGCCUCUGCCCAUUCAUCUAGAAGCUCAUAAUCACCCUGUUGCGUCAAGAGAACUACCUGAUGUAGUUGGUAGAUGCUUCCCUCUCCCCUUAUUUUAUUUUCCUCCCCCCUUUGUUUUUGUCAUCCUUUGUUAACCUCCUACCCAAGUACUGCUUUAAUUUGUAUGCAUUUACACUGUAUACCCAAUCCUGCUUUGGCAUCAUCGUUUCACUUUAGUAUAUCACACUAUUAUCAUAAUGCAAUGACUUUAUUUAAAACGAAAGCUGAUACAGGUCUGGGCGCUACUUAGCGAAACACAGGGCUCUUAGUGAAUAGCUAGUGAAGGAAUUUAACUGACGAGCCUACAUGAAGGUGCCUGGUAGUAGCCUUGGAUUGACCAAUGGCCUUUUGAGCACUUUGAGCGAUUUAGAAGCUCAUACUGUCUUCCUUUUCUAGAGAAUGUCUGGGAGGGAAACUGCAUGCAUAUCGUCUAGCUCAGUGUUCCCCAUGCCGGUCCUCGUGGGCCCCCAGUCAGUUCACGAUUUUGCUCCAUGCUAGAUAGUGAACUGUCUAAGGCAAGCCUGCCAAAUCCUCCCCCUGAGAUCUACCACCCUGCAGAGCUUAGGUACAGCCAUAAUUUAACACACCUGAUACAGAUAAUCAGGCACUUCAGUUAAAUCUCAGUAUGAGAACCAGCUUAACUUCAACAUAGCUGACUCUAAUACUGAGAUAAAUUGAAGGCCCUGAUUAUCUGUAUUAGGUGUGUUAAAUUAGUUCUGUACCUAAGCUCUGCAGGGUGGUAGAUCCCCAGGAGCAGGAUUGGACAGCCCUGAUCUAGGGGUUUCCGAGGGCCAGGUUGGGAAACACUGUCCUACCUUUUAUUGGUUUUUCAUUUGUUGAACUCCUGCCAAAACUUAAGUAUCUUUCCAUUAUUACCUUAGAAUUUUUCUUCAUUUUGAACACUAUAUUCAUGGCACUCCAUCACAUUGUGGCUUGCCCCUAAUGUAAGCUAUCCGAUAUUUUUUUGUUGUUGUUUUGCAAGCUCCGAUUUGAUUUGAGUUUGCCGUAUCCUGCACCAAUUUUUCUUUUUCUCGGCUAUUACCUGGAUGUAGUUCUGGUGGUAUUCUGCAUCUAAAAGCACAUCAUUGUUGCUGCAGGUAGACUUUUCUCUAAUAACCUCUUUCCCAUAUCCCUGACUGUAUGAUCUCCCUGGACAUUCCACUGUUACAUUAGCAGAGGCAGGUAAUUUUCUCAAGCUCCUGUACUUUUUUUUUUUUUUUUUAAAGGCUGCCAUUUUGGACACUAGAUAUCCCAACAUGACCGUCUGGAGUGAAUCCCAUUUAAACAUUUUUCAUAGGACCAAUUUUAGCUGCAACUUGGGAGUUAACAACUGCCCAAAGGCAUUAAGCAUUGAAAAGGAAGACUGCUGUUUGUUGGUUAACUCCAAAACAAUAACUGAUAUUGAAAUGACAGUAAUGUUUGCUGCUGAACUUAGCGUUAGUUUGACGGAGCGGCAGUCUCCUCACUUUGUCAACUGUUUCGGUAAUUUUUUUUUAAUUAACGAUUGCAUCUGACCUUGUAAUCCCUUGCUGUGGAGAGAACUGUGGAAUAAAUUGCUCUGUGCUCUAUUCAUCUGUGAUACUAAAAUGUCUGUCAAAGCAUGGUACUAAACAUGCCCAAUGUGUAAAAAGAGAAAGGAAGAAAAAAAAAAGAGAAGCAAUUCACUUACACUUGCAGGGAAAUGGUGUUGGUUGGAAAAAAGAGCCUUGCUGUUUUGUGGAAAUUUAUACAAAUUCUGUGCACCCGUGCCAUAAUUUAGAGAUGGUCUGUUGCUGUUUUGGAUUGCAUUUUAACCUAUGCCCAAAAAGAUAAGAUCAAAUGGCACUUGAGUGUGAGCUCAAAAUGUUAAGGCCUUGUUGAGUAUGUACCAAUUACAUCUAAUCUUGCUGAUUUUUAUGUUCUUUCCCUAAACUUUUUUUUCUUAUUUGGGAUACGGUAGAACAUCAGAUUUAAUAUGCAUAAGAAAUGCCAUAAAAUUGAGGGGGGGAUAUAUGACCCUUGUUUACACACAGAUCAAAUAAAUUUAUUCCAACCAGAUGAA